CUUGAAUUCUCACUCACUCACUUCACAAGACGCAAGUGACACCGUCACCUCUCUCUCUCUCUCUCUCUCUCUCUCUCUCCAGAUCUCUUCGCUUUGACCAUUUUCGUGGAGAGAGUAAAUGAGCACAAAAACAAAGGCUUAUGUAUUUGUCUUUCUAACCCUUUUCAAAUUUCCCAUAAAUUUUUACUCUUGUUUCGAUUUACGGAACAAUUAUAAUAAUAAUAUCCUUAAAUUCUGUACAUUGGAUAAUGGGUGUUUCUUUGGUCUGAUUCAUAAAAAUGUCGCAAAGGGUUAUCCUCGUCAACAAGUAAGACUCUUGGGCUUCUGAGUUAAGGGUUUUCUCGUUUCGGGAAAGGAGGGAUUUUGAGAUGGAGAAAAAACGUUCCAAGGGAAGUUUCCUUAGUUUGUUUGAUUGGAAUGCCAAAUCUCGGAAGAAGCUUGUUUGGAACAAUCCAACCUUACCUGAGGUUUCAAAGCAUGGAAAGGAAAAUCUAGAGAAUUUGCCAGACUCGCAGUUCUAUAGGAUAAAGGGGGAUGAGAAUGGAGCAAGUCCGAGUGAUAUUGCAAGUAGUGAUUUUAACUGCGCCGUAUCAGGUUGUAGUGAUGAAGGGUGUGGUAGUAAAGCCCCUGGGUUAGUAGCAAGACUCAUGGGUUUGGAUUCGUUGCCGACUUCAGAAGUCGGUGAGCUUUCCGGCGCUUCAUUUUACAGCUCCAACUCUCAUGGAGGUUCUCGUUAUAAUGCGGGUGAUCUUCGUUUCACAGAUGACUUCCGUCGCGCCGACUACUUAAACACACCACUUAAGCUGGAGAAGUCUUCUUGGGAUGCCAUGGAAUCAAAGGCACGUAAAAUGGAAAACCGGCCAAUGAAGAGAUUUCAAACUGAAAUGUUGCCUCCAAAGUCGGCUAAACCCAUUCCCGUUACUCACAAUAGAUUAUUGUCUCCCAUCAAGAGUAAUGGUUUUCUGCCGUCGAAGAAUGCAGCUCACAUAAUGGAGGCGGCUGCCAAAAUAAUUGAUGGAAGCCCUCAGCCAUAUACGAGGAAUCGAAUGCUAUCAUCCGGGUCUUCAUCUGUUCCCAUAAGAAUUCUUGAUUUGAAAGAGAGAUUGGAAGCUGCACAAUAUGCACCCGGAAAGCUAGCGGAUCAGAACAAUACCAACCCUUCAAAUUACAAACCUAGUGAGAGGAGCUCUAAUCUGUACAAGUCUACAUCGGCAUUCAAGGGUUCAAGAGAUUCUGAAAAACGAAGUUCGUGUCAUUUAACAAGUAAAGGAAAAUCAGGUUCUCUUGCAAUGGCAUCAAAAACCAAUGCUCAAAGCCGAGAUACAUUGGUUUCAAAUGGAAAUAGGAAAUAUAUGAGGCAGAAAGAACAGAAUGAUAUAAAGUCAAACCAGCCCACAAGGAACCAGAAAUCAAUUGUAAACCGAGCGUUGCCGCAGAAAACAAAUGCAAAACGUAAUAGCAAUGUGCUGGUACAGAAUGAUCAAAAGCAAAACAGCAUGAUUUCUAAAGGUAAAUCAGCCUCGAAAAUAGAUUCAAACAAGCCAACAACACGAGGUUCUUCUUCUGAAAGUUCUACUGGAAUCAGAAAGGCAACAAACAAGGGUGCUACAAAUGUCAAUCUUCCGCCUAAAAGGUCAAGCUCUAGGGCAACUGAUAACCGAAAGGAGUUUCCCCCGUCCAAAUCACAAAGUGUUUCCCAAAAGAAAAAGUAUAACAGCAGAAGUGUUCACGAGGCAAGAAGUCCUGAUCAUGCAAGAAAUGAUUGCGAAAGCAAGUCCAUAAAAUGCAAUUUUACAACUGAUGGAAGUGUUGCUCAGAAUGCAUUUAACAUGAAUGAAAGCAGUGAUGUUAUUUCAUUUACAUUUACUUCUCCCUUGAGGAAAAACACGGUGGAGACACUAUCCUCUUCUGACCAAGUGACGGAAACCAGAACUAGAUUUGGUGUCGACUCUCUUGGGCAUAGUGAUAAUCUUCAUCCCAAAAAAUUAUCACUAUCUCCGACACAUAUGAUAGAUAGUGAUGCAUUGAGUGUUCUGUUGGAGCAAAAGCUGCAAGAGUUAACAUCGAGACUUAACUUGCCUCAAUGUACCCUAGCCUCGGAAGAGCCUUCUACUGGUUUGAAAUCUAGUUUGCAAGAUAAAACAUCCAGUAUGGUAAACACCACAGCUAAGGAACAGGAUGAAAUGUUCAGUGAUGAACUUAAUAGAAUGCAUAGCUAUCGAUUUUAUUCAAGUGAUGAGCCAGCGCUUAACAUGAAUCAGCAACUGCAGACAUUGGAAUUAAGGGAAGAUCCUAGGUAUAGCAGCAACAAUGAAAGUGGAAAUGAUCUAGGUUGUCAACAUUCCAACGCGGAUACAAACUUUCAAGCUCCUUCUGUCAGUGAAAGUUACAUGGAUAGUGAAGACAGUACAUACGGCAGCACGGUUUAUUCUUCCAUGCAAGAUGAAGAAGUAUCUAAUAUUUCCCAGAUAAACAACGGGUCUGAAUCAUUUGAAAAUGAAGUGACUUCGUCAGAGCAAAGCUCUUCCGUAUCUACCGUGCGCAACAUGUCUGUCACACAAAUAAUCAGAAUACCGAACAUGGUAGAUUUUAAAAGAUCAGGCAUUAUGGAACUUGAUUAUGUACAUAACAUACUCAGCAAUGCAGAGUUUCUGGCAGAAGAAUUCAUCAUGGGUCGAACUAGCACUGUCAUAAUGCCAAAUCUCUUCGAUCUGUUGGAGAAUCAUAGUACCGGAACAACAACAUAUUGUGGAGAGGAAGAGUACUCUAAGCUUGAAAGGAAGGUUUUAUUCGACUAUGUGAGUGAAUGCUUAGAGUUGAGAUGUGAAAAAGCUUUUGUUGGAACUUGCAAAUCAAGGCCUAGAUGGAUGACAUCGACGACUCAGAGGAAGAACAUGUUGGCAGAAGAAUUGUACAAAGAGAUGUUGAGUUUUAGGAACAUGGAAGAUGUUAUGGCAGAUGAACUUUUGAGCAAUGACAUGAGUAAUGGAUAUGGGAAAUGGCUUGACUUUGAAAUUGAAGCAUUUGAAGAAGGGUUAGAGGUUGAAGAGGACAUACUAGAAUCUUUGAUUGAUGAAUUGGUUUCUGAUUUGUUGGUUCUUUAGCUAACCAUUGGUAGAUUCCAUUUUUUAAAAUUAUAAAUUGUAGUAUGUAAUGAUUAUGAAGUAAAGUUGUUAAUACCAUUAAUUGAAAUUCUGAAAAAAAACUCAGCAGUAGAACAUAACAUAAUAACAUCUACUCAGUUUCAUGUUCAAAUUACGCCGAGUGCUAACAAUUCUUGUGUUAUGUCAAUUCAUACAGAGUUUUGUUCUGACUUUAAAUGAAUAUCUGAUAUUGAAUGGUCAGAAAAACAACUUAUGGCGUCUAUUUGGAGUUUUUUGGUUGAUGUGGUUUGGAUGGGAGGGUGAGACCAAUUGAAAAUGACAAGAUGGGUAGACCAAAGGGAAAUGCUGAGCACAUGGCUCCUCUGUUGUAUUAUUAUGUAACAGAAUGUGUCUUGUUGUUUCAUCCACGAUGUUAAUGAGUCUCAUAUGAGAUAAUUAUGUGCAGUUGACAUUAACAACACGCCAUGUGGUUUCUAACAUUAUUUUCUUC